CAACAAAUAAAACAUAUUCUUGACCAACUCUCUUCAGAGAUUCAAGAUGCCAAUUUUAGAGAAAUCUUCUGGUAAUCUUAAUAAUAUUAAUAAUAAGAGGUUGGUUGUUAAGAAGCUUUUCGCUAGACAGCAACACGAAGGCUUUGGAGCUGUUGUAAGAAGAAGCAUCGGAAGGUUUGAGUUAAGAUACUUCGACCCAUUUCUUGUUUUGGAUGAAUUCUCAGUUUCGUCUCCUUCAGGGUUCCCAGAUCAUCCACACAGAGGAUUUGAGACCGUCACUUACAUGUUAGAGGGAGAAAUUUUGCAUGAGGACUGUGAAGGACACAAAGGAGUAAUAAGAGAAGGAGGAUUACAAUGGAUGACUGCAGGUAAAGGCAUUGUUCACUCUGAAAUGCCUUCUUCUAAUGCUAAUGGUAUUACUCACAACAAAGGCUUGCAGCUUUGGAUCAAUCUCUCCUCAAAGCACAAACUAGUGGAGCCGAGUUAUCAAGAGAUAGAGAGCAAAGACAUAGCAGAAGCAGAGAAAGAUGGUGUGAGAGUGAGAGUUAUAGCUGGAGAAUGGAAUGGAGUUAAGUCAAAGAUCUGUACAAGAACACCAACAAUGUAUUUAGACUUCAUUCUCUCGCCGGGUUCUCGAAUCUCUCAGCCCAUUCCACUUCACUGGAACGCGUUUGUCUAUGUGCUUCAAGGCCAAGGCCAUUUUGGGGAUGCCAGGUCACAGGCUGCGGCGCAUCACUUGCUGAUUCUAGGCCAAGGUGGUGACCGGUUAGAGGCUUGGAACAGUUCUGAUUCCGGUUUGCCACUUCGGUUUAUUCUUGUGGGUGGUGAGCCUAUAAAUGAACCAAUGGUUCAGUUUGGUCCUCUCGUUAUGAACACACAAGAAGAGAUUGAUCAGACCGUUGAUGAUAUUGAGAAUUUUACAAAUGGGUUUGAAAAAGCUAGACACUGGAGGUCUCAAGCUGCUUCUGCCUUAGGAUUGUUCUAAUUUUUUUUUUUGCUAAUUUAUUUUCAUAUUUUUUUUGUACCUUUUUCGUUUUCUCUCUAUUUCUGUAUCCAAUAUUUAUUGUUUUAAUUAAUUGUAUUUUUUUUUUAUGUUUCCCACAACUAUCAGAAAAAGUAAAUGCCUCUUAUCUACGUUAUCUACAUUUG